AUGUUAUUAUUUCAUACAGGGGCCACCAAAGAUAUGGGCAAAAUGUUGGGAGGUGAUGAAGAAAAAGACCCUGAUGCACAGAAGAAGGAAGAAGAGAGACAAGAGGCCCUUCGUCAGCAGGAAGAAGAGCGGAAGCAAAAGCAUAUUAGAAUGGAAGCUGAGCGAGAAAAAGUGCGGCAACAAAUACGAGAUAAGUAUGGCCUAAAGAAGAAGGAAGAAAAAGAAGCUGAGGAAAAGGCUGCAAUGGAAGCACCAAUAGAAGGGAGUUUGACUCGUCCAAAGAAAGCAAUUCCUGCUGGUUGUGGUGAUGAAGAGGAAGAGGAAGAAGAAAGCAUCCUUGAUACUGUCCUUAAGUAUCUUCCUGGACCACUUCAAGACAUGUUCAAGAAGUAGUUUAUGAAUACUUUAUAUUGUAAAUUAUUUUAAGUUACAUUAAUAGGAUUUACAUAUGUUUUGACCACAUAUUAAAAUACAUUUCUUUUUCUCUGACUAGAAUAAAUGCUUCAACUUUUACUGCAAUAUAAAUACAAAUGAUUUUUUGUGCCUCUCUAUGAUGUAAGCCAUGGUGAGGGGGUUGACAUGAGCAUGAGGAGUCUGGGAGACCAGUAGGCCUCAUAUAAACUCCUAACUGUCUCUAUUGUAGACUCCAGAUAUGCUCAUGUAAUACUGAAAUUCUCAACCUCACAACUGGCAGUAUUAAUUUGUGUUCAUCGCUGAGCUUUUCUACUGUAUUGCAGACAUUAUUGAAGUUGCCUUUUUAAUUUGCCAUAUUGCUAAAUGUGCUGUGAUGUGUGACUUGGUUGUGGGUUGUUACAGAAGAACUUGGGGUGGCAUGCAGCUAGGCACCCUGCGUUGUAUGUGUGUAAGAUCUGACAAUUUUCACAGUGAUUUCUACUGAGAUUUUUAAAAGUUUUAUGCAGUCACUUGUUUUGUAGCAAAUAUCUUGCAUGAUUUGCUAAGAUGGUGAAACUGUACAAUAUCAUAAAUGGAAAUGCCCUUUUGUUAGAAAAUGGCAAUUUGCAAUAUAAGUUGAUAAUUUUUAUGUUGUAAAAAUAUCCAGCAUCAUUGCUUUUUGGAGAAGGCAUGAGGAUCUUUCUGGUUUAAUGUACUAAGGUAGCAGUGUCAUUUUCUGUACAUCACAGAGAAAAUAUGUUUGUUUAAAAAUGGUGAGGCCACCAAUGCACUAAAUCCAAUCCAAUUAUAUCGUCAGCAUUGAAAAUUAUUUCAUGAUUAUCAUCAGUCCAUGGAACACAGCGCCCAGAAAAAUGUUAAUUCAACUCCUCCGCCUUUAUAUUACACAAUGCUAAACUGGAUAGUGAAAGAAAUUAUUUCUCAAACAUUCCUAAAUAUUGAUGUGCCCAAAGCCUUUCUUGAAGUUGCAGCAGUGGUGUGGGUGUCAGGUCUUUAUAACUGUCACUUUCUUUCCACUGUCUUACUACCUUUAGUUCAAGGUGUCUUCAACUGUCAGGAAUAUGGGAAAUGAAGUUUAUAAAGAAAUUUAGAAAUUUGCGGUGCAUUGCAAGAUAACCAGUCAAGUACUGAUUAUACAGAGUAAUGGACUGCCAUCAUAUUAAAAAAACUUUUUCUUGGACCACUUAAUGUUUUGUAGCCAUUGAUCUAAUAUUUUAUACAUUUGUAACUUUUUGAAUGUUCUUAUUACUUUGGUUACUUUUUGUAACAGAGGCUAUUUCUAUUAUAGGCACUAAUUGUCAUGCACAGGAUUUCAGCAAAUUAAUACGCAUAGGAACAAGACAUUCUCAGUGUUUAAUGACUGAUUUAGCAGAAUAUUAACAAAUCAAAACCCAGCAUUCCUGGAGCACUUUCUUAUUGGAACUAAAAUUUCUGAGAAUGAAAAUAUGGCUUAACAUUUAGUUUUCCUUGUCACCUGUCAUGAGAUAAAGCUACAUUAAAUUGUUUAAUUUAAAAAAAAAACUGCUUAACAAUGAAUCGAAACAGAUUACAUGAAAUGGGAAUUUCAAAAAUAAAUGCUUCUAUUUAAGUCACUUCCUUUGCAACAAAGAACUCACAUCAGAUAUUAUUCUCUCCUCAGUUACAUACCAAUGACAUUUUCAGUAGUUUAGGCAAACUUAAGUGAAUAGUUGAAGUGUUUUAAUAUCAAUCCAUUACAACUGUUCAGCAGUAAUGUAUUCCCAUGUAUAUAAGACUGAUCCAUUCUAAAUGCUACCACAGAGUGAAAAUAUUAGCAAUUUGUCUUUGGAUGUAGCGCAGACUGACUUCUGCUGUACAUGUGGAUUUUUAUUUGAUGUUAAGCUUUGCUGCUUGCAUAUAAGACUGUUUCAGCUCUGCUGAAUUUCAGUAGACGAAUAGUUGUGUUUCACCUGCAUUUCAUUUUGCACCAAACCAAAGAGAGUUGUUCUCUAUGGAUGUCACUGAUUUAAUUGCUUCCCAUGGCAUAAAACUAGGUUAAAAUUUAGAGAAAAUUAGUUUAAAAAUCUCAGGUAUUGGUUCUUGGAUUUCAAACCACUAUGCAGGAGAGUUGCUUGUGUUUGUGUUAUGCUUGCUGUUUCCCACCGCAGUCCUACUAAAACAAAACCAGGUCUCCAUUCAGGAGAAUCCUAAGUUAAUGUUUAAAGUUAAUUUAGGGUUGUUAAGCUUCUUCAGUUAAACUCUUUUCAAUAGUUAAAGCCAUAUCAGUUAGACUGCAAUACUAAAGGUAAAUUGAAAGGAAACAUCUUUUCCUAAAAGAAGAGUGUAUUGAAUAAUUUAUACUUAAAGCAACAGUGAUGUCUGUUUGUCUAUGUGUGAACUUAAUCAUGCUGUCAAAACAUCUGUCUAGUUUCGGACCAGUCUCUGUAACAGGGUAAUUCGCUUGGGCUCACGUCUCAUUCUCAUCAACCAUACUCCAUAGUAAUUACAUCAUCUUAACCAUUUGGAAAUGUGAUCUGCUUUUAAAUGUUGAACUUCCAUUGUACAAUACAAUGGUACACAUAGUGUAUGUAUUUACAAAAAAUAUUUAUGAAAGCCAUGCUUGUUCUUCAGAUGUUUGUAACACUAAAGCUAAUAUUCACUAAGUUGUAGAAGAAAUGCACGUUUAAAGGUGUUAUCUUUACUGAUUGUGAAUUUCAAGUAAAGAUGCCACAGGGUUAAGAAUAAUGGAAACUGAACGCGUUCAACCUUAUUCUCAUCUGGUGUGCCUCUUCGUUAGCAUUAUAAUUUCAAAGUGCUGAAUUUGAAGGUUUUUUUUUUAAAUUGGCUUUAACAAAGUCAUUAGACAUAUUUCAGUGUUCUGCAUAAGGAACUGUUAAGAAGUCUUAAUACGAUAGUUACUACAUUCUGGAAGCUAUGUUGAAAUGUAAAAUUGUAACAUAUUUAAAAUAACUUAAUCUUUCGUUUCUGUUGUGCCACUUUAUUUCUUGCAAGAAAUUAAAUUGAAUAUAGUAAGGUUGAAUAGGUUCAGUAAUGAUUAUUUUCCAUAGCAAGCUAGAAGAGUUAACCUUUGCAGCCCAGCAAAACUUAAAAUUCUGCGCUCUGAUUUAUGAGAAUGUAAACUUUGUCCAUCUGAUAGAAGACUGUAAUUUCACUGCAUGUCAUAAAUGUGUAAAUCACUGUAGUACUGUCACAAACUAAACUCAUUAUUCUUUAAAAUAAAAUGAUUUAUAAAAACA